ACAAAUCUAGCUAACAACUAUUUGUUCAUCUAUGGCAAAUUCACCUUAUUCUACCAAUGUCCCACUAGAUUUUCGUGCACCACCGCCAUCACCAGUGGCUGCAGGCCGUAGAUCAUCAGUAGCCAACGACGAGAUCCUAACGGAGUUUCUCCAUAGGUCAUUACGUGUGCCUGAUCUCGUGUUGCCAGAUCGUGUCUUCCCUCGCCAAAACUCCAAGAUCCAAAACCUUCCUAAACUAGAUUUUAAGGCACUAAACAAUAGUUCUUCAGGUUUUGAUCAAGUAAUUGAUGUGAUUGCACAAACGGGCUGUUUUGAGCUAGUUAACCAUGGAAUUUCGGGUCAACUUUUGUCUUCUGUGGUUGAUUCUGGAGCUGGUGUGUUUCGGUUGUCACAAGAGAAGAAGUCUAUUGUUUCAAGGUCUGCUGAGAGGCUAUAUGGUUUUGUGGAGUUUCACGGAGACGAGAAGGAAUUGAACGAAGAGUUCGUUUGGUGUAGAGACGAUUCGUUGAAGUUGGUAAUGGAGAAAGUUUGGGCCGAUCAAUAUUCGAAUUUCAGCGAAAAAAUGGAAGCCCUGAUGUGUAAGAUAGAAAACAUAUCCGAAGUUCUCGUGCAAUUGUUUUUGGCUCGUUUUAGUCUAAAACCGAGAUUUGAUGAUGAUGAUGAUGGAGUUAAAAAGAAAGAAAUUGCGGGGUCUUUAUGUUAUCUCUACAAGCAUUGUAGCGAUUCAGAAAUAAUAUCGAAUGAUGAUCAAUAUAUGGAUUCAUUGAGAUAUGAUGUGAUCCGAAUGCUGAUUAGAGGAUCUGAACACUCUCACACGCUUUGCUUUCACGUAUGUGAUGGAUCUUCGGAGUUUCAUGUUUAUUCUAAGAAAGGUUGGGUAUCGUUUUCUCCUGAUACCAAUGCCUUAAUCAUCACCAUUGGUGAUCAAUUGCAGACAUGGAGUGAAGGAAAAUACAAGCAUGUUAUAGGAAGGCCAAUCUUCAAAGGCGAUUUAGAGGAUUAUAUAUCAAUGGCAUUUCUCUAUAGUCCACCUCCACCCAUACCCAAAAUCCAAAAGGACAAUACCAUUUCAUUCGGCCACCAAGUCUUGUUUGUUUUGAUUUUAACCUUUCUUUACAAUCUUUACUCUUUUAUUUUUACUUAGCAUUCAUUCUUUUCAUUGUAAAAUGCUCUCCAUUUCUUCAUUUGUGUUUAUUUAACCUCAAAAUCGAUUUGAGGGAAACUUUGUGCUCGUUCUCUUCUGUCAUGGUCCGUUUAUGAAUGGACUCGUGUAUUUCUCUAUA